AAUCAGGGAAGGGAAAUUUCUGCAGCUCCUAAAAAGUCUGCACUUCUUUUUAAAGAUUUCCUUUAAAGUUUGACUGCUUGAUUAAAAGAGGAUGAAGAUGUCUGAGUCUGCGCUUUAAUGAAGGUGGAAAAUAACAACUGUGGGAAAAGACAGUCGCAACAUUGUCCUCUUGCACGUCUGAAUGCUCGGCUCCUCCCUCGUGCGCGCAGGGCUUCAUUUCAUCAAACCCUUCAAGUUGGAGCGCGCGGGCUCAGCCGCACUUUAGUCUGCGCCGCGCCUGCAGCAGGAUCCGGGAGACAGACUGAAGAGUCCAGGAACGGAGACCGGGCUUCACAGACCACUGAGCACGCAGACAUGGACCGGCACGCCGGUUUGAGCCCAAAGUGGCCCCGCGCGCUUUGGUGUCUACUCCUCCUGACGCCGUGUCUCCUUCACGCCGCCACGGCGGAGAUCACCUGCAGGUCAUGCCACCUUGGAAAUAAGUGGCGCGCACGGGAAUUACUAAUAAAACUGAACACGGAGGAGUCCGGGACUGGGGUGCAGGGAGAACUUUUGGGAACGCAUGGACUCCCCUGUCAGGGUGGGCUCGCGGAGUGCGCUCCAAACCCGGAGCCGCGGCUCAAACGGAGUACAGGCAGCCGGCGCGCGGACGACUUCGCUCAGAGCAAAGUUUCAGCCACUUUUGGAACGCGCGCCAGGAGGAGCAGCGGCGGGGAUUUAGCCGGAGACCCCGCUGCGGCUGAUCACCAGGACGCACAGACGGGGCGCAGAGUGCUGCGCGCAGAGCUGCGCUGGAGCGGAGAGGAGCGCAGGAGCGCCGGCGGGAGGCACGAGGAGCCCAAAGUGAACAGCUCCACGUUCGCGCUGACCGGAGACUCGUCCCACAACCAAGCCAUGGUCCACUGGUCCGGCCAGAACAGCAGCAUCAUGCUGCUGACUGAUCCUGAGGUGGAGAGCAGCCUCCUGAUCAGCUCAGAUGAAGGAGCCACUUACCAGAAGUACAGACUGAACUUCUACAUCCUGAGCCUGCUCUUCCACCCUGAGCAGGAGGACUGGAUUCUCGCCUACAGCCACGACCAGAAGCUUUACAGCUCUGUGGAGUUUGGCAGACGCUGGCAACUGGUGCACGAGAGAGUGGCUCCUAACCGCUUUUACUGGUCGAAAAUGGGGUUGGACAAAGAGCCGGGCUUAAUUCACCUGGAAACCAGCAUCUCGGAAGGACAGGCGCUGUAUGUCACUUGCAAGCUGCAGAACUGCACAGAUUCCAACAAGGGCAAGCCAUUCCCCGGAUACAUUGACCCCAAUUCUCUGGUGGUGCAAGACGAGUAUGUGUUUGUCCAGGUGUCAACGCCAGGCAGACCGGUCUACUACGUGUCAGCAAAGAGGGACGUCUUCACCCCCAUGAAGCUGCCCAAGUACACACUACCCAAGGAAUUGCAUGUGAUCAGCACAGAUGAUAACCGCGUGGUCGCCGCCGUGCAAGAGUGGAACCAGAACGAAACCUACAACCUCUACGUGUCUGACACAUCAGGCGUCUACUACACGCUCGCCCUGGAGAACGUGGUCAGCAGUAUGGGUCUGGAGGGAAAUGUGAUGGUGGAUCUUUAUGAGGUAGCAGGAAUAAAAGGGAUGUUCCUGGCCAACAAAAAGAUGGAUAACCAGGUGAAGACGCACAUCACUUACAACAGAGGCCGAGAUUGGAGGUUACUGCAGGCGCCGAGCAGAGACCUGCGGGGCAACAGCAUCCACUGUGUGCUGCCGUACUGUUCGUUACAUCUCCAUCUGCAUGUGUCCACCAAUCCCUACACAUCUGGAAACAUUGCCAGCAGGGACUCUACACCAGGGAUCAUUGUGGCAUCAGGCUCCAUUGGCUCAGAGCUGACCACUACCAACGUCAGCGUGUUCAUCACCUCCGAUGCAGGAAACACAUGGAGACAGAUCUUUGAUGAGGAAUACGCCGUGCUUUAUUUGGACCAGGGUGGAGCAUUGGUUGCAAUAAGACACACUCCGCUUCCCAUUCGACACCUGUGGUUGAGCUUUGAUGAAGGACGCCAGUGGAACAAGUACAGCUUCACCAACACGCCUCUGUUUGUGGACGGCGUGCUGGGGGAGCCUGGAGAGGAGACGCUCAUCAUGACGAUCUUUGGUCACUUCAGUCAUCGGUCUGAGUGGCAGCUGGUGAAAAUAGACUUCAGAUCCAUCUUCAACAGAAGAUGCACGGAGGCCGAUUACCAGACGUGGCACCUGCACAACCAGGGUGAGCCAUGUCUCAUGGGGGUGAAAAGGAUCUACCGAAAGCUGAAGCCGACGUCCAGGUGUGUCAUGGGAAAGAUGUACUCGGUGGCGAUGACAUCAAGUCCUUGUGACUGCAUGGAAGCUGACUUUGAGUGCGAUUAUGGCUACGAGAGGCGAAGUGACGGCAAAUGCAGCCCCGCCUUUUGGUUCCAUCCGUCAUCCAUGUCCAGGAGUUGUACCACAGGGAUGACUUUCCUAAACAGCACCGGCUACAGAAAAGUGAUUUCCAACAACUGCACCGCCGGAGUGAGCGCUGAAUUUACGGCCCGGCGGCUGCACUGCCCCCUGCAGGCUCCCAGAGGCCUGCACCUGGUGACCAGUGAGGGUGCGCUGACUGCCACACUGGGUUCCAACAUCACUUUCCUUGUGUUUCUGGAAGAGGGCGACGGGGCGAGGACGAGCAUCACCAUUGACUUUGGAGAUGGGCACGCUCUGACGUACUCCAACGUGAGCACCAUCGAGGACGGGAUCAAACACAUUUACAAAGCUGUGGGAAUCUACCGGGUGACCGCCACGGCGGAGAACAGCCUCGGCUCAGAGACCGCCACCCUCUUCCUGCACGUCACAUGUCAGCUGGAGUACAUCCAUCUCUCAGCUCCAUUUGUGGUGGUGAGGAACAAGGAAGUGAACCUGACGGCUGUUCUGUGGCCCAGCCAAGUGGGGACGGUCACCUACAUCUGGUGGAUCGGAAAUAACACAGAGCCCGUAAUCACCCUUGAGGGAAGCGUGGCGUGCACGUUUUCCCGGGAAGGUGUCAACACGGUCACGGUGCAGGUGUCUGCAGGGAACGCCAUCCUGCAGGACAGAAAAACCAUCGCCGUCCACGAGUUUUUCCGCUCUCAUCUGCUCGCCUUUUCAUCAAACCUGGACGAGCACAACCCGGACGUUGCAGAAUGGAGGCUGGAUGUGAGCCGGGUCAUCAGGAACUCUCUGAUCCAGGCCACCGGCAUGCGAGAGGAUCAGCUGCUGGUCACCGUUCUGCCAGGUUUGCCCACAACAGCAGAGUUUUUCCUCCUGCCAGACAAACAAGUAACGGAGGGGAAACCGGAGAAGAGCUCAGCUCAUCUGGAUCAGCUCUCUGAAGUUGUGCUGAGCGCUCUGAAUCAGAACCUCGUCCAGUUCAUGUUGCGCCCGGGGGUCCAAGUCACAGUGCACGCAGCCCACCUGUCAGCAGCGCCCCUUGUGGACACCAGCGAGAACCACAGCGGCUCUGCCAUGCUCAUGCUGCUUUCAGUAGUGGUGUUGGGUUUAGCUAUAUUUGUCAUCUACAAAUUCAAGAGGAAGAUCCCAGGCCUCAACGUCUAUGCGCAGAUGCAGAACGAAAAAGAACAAGAAAUGAAGAGUCCAGUGAAUCCAUCGGAGGCCACGCCCAGCUCGCAGCAGGACUUGGUGCAUUCUUUGGAGAUCCUGGACUCAGAGUUUUCCUCACGGCCCAUCGUGAAAUGGUCCAAUCAGAGGGAGAGCUAAGCUAAACUGAGUUUGGCACAAAAUACUGUGACUUCUUUGUGGAUGUUUGAAGCCUCAUGUUCACGUGAAAUUCUCCACAGAACUUCCCACAUACAUUGUCUGAACUCUGCACUGGAUUAACUCUCCGGCGAAGUCAUGGAUGUUUCUUUUUUUAUUUUUUUUUUCAUCUUUCGGGACACAAUGGUUUUGAGCUUUAUACCUGUGCAUGUGGGACCCUGCUGACUCAUACUGCGCUCUGUUCAGACCAGAAGAAACUGUGUACAGGUUUUGAUUUUUUUUUUUUUUUUCUUUUCUAAAAACCCGUCUGACUGUUAGUUCUAUGAGUCAGACUCGUCGGCGAAGACGGACGCCGAACAAGAAGGAGAGGAAGGCGUGUAAAGAACAGCGGCGUCUUGGAUUUUCUUGCAUAUCUCAUCUGCUGUUCAAGGCUAACAGCAAUGGUGUAAUAUUUAUUCAUGUGAAAAUACUUUUCUUAAGUACCUUGUUAAAGUAAAAUUCACAUUUAUUUUGUAAAUCAUGAAUGUCUGUUAGAAAUUUGUGUAUUUUAAUAACAAAUGUCAUACUAAAAAGCAAUCCGGUUAUAACAUAUGUACAGGAUACUUCAAAAGCUUUUGGUCUAUUGUCCUCAGAAAGCUGAUUUAUGGCACAAAACACAUUUUCUACUGAUUUUUUUUAUUAUUAUUUUAAAUUAUUAACACCAGUCGGGCUGGGUUAACUUUGAUUUAAAGUUUGCUGUUAAAUUUCUGCUUCUGGUACGGUUUAUGCCAGUUUGUAAAAUGUUUCGUGCUUCACUGGACUGCGAGGACGCCUUUUGACACCCACCCUAGGGGUUUAGAUACCAACGGACCUUUUGGGUUUGGAAGAAGAAAUAAAUUGCAUUUAAACUUUGUAAUAAGGUGUCAAACUUCAGGUGGAAAUUAGAAUGUUUCUAAGAUUCUAAUUUGUAAAAAAAAUUCUGAAAAGCAGGCAGCUAGAAAGAGUCAGACAGAGAGACGUUAAAGGAGAUGGAGGAGACCGUUUGAAUACUUAAUGUGGUGUGCCAAGCUUAAAGCUUGCUAAGGUUGGUAACACAUUUGGGCUUCUGUCCCGACCCGCUCUGGUGUGGACCCAGUCAUCAUCCUGGCUCAUUAGAACAUGCUGCUGGAGCAGGAAAGCUGCAUGGAUGCUUAACUUGUCGAGGCCUGUUGAGCGCUUUGUACUGGAGAUUUCUUAGAUUUUAAUACCAAUUUGUCAGCGUUGUUUCAUGUUUUGUUCGAGGAGAAAAUUGGAUCCAAAGGGAGUGUUUGCAGACGUAAAAAAAAAAGAAAAACAAUAUUGCAGCAGGUAAUCCUGUGCCAUGAUGUUCCUAUUAGGACUUACUAUAAUCAAGAUUAACCAACUUUAAUAUUUGUGCUCAGAAAAGAUUACAGUAUGGAAAGAUCACUGUAUUAAAUUGCAAAAUUAAAGAUUGAAAUGUCCCAAAAGCACCACAAAAUAGUAAAUGUCUGGAACCAUUCCUGUCAUUGUUUAUGCUAAUCAAAAACAACUAUUAGACUCUGUUUGGUUAGAUCUAUUUAUUUCGAAGCUCAAAUUUUGUAACAAAACAAACUCAAUGCAUACAUUUGGUUUAAAACAUGUAUGCAUUGGGAUUUUUUUUUCUUGGAAUGAUGCAUGUGAAGGUUUAGUACAGGGGUCUGCAACCUUUGAGAGUUAAAUAGCCAUUUGGGUUUGUUUUCUACUGAUCAAAACCCAGCAGGAGCUGCAAAGUCUUAUUUUGAUACUGUUGUCCAUUCAUUACAAUGUAUGUUUUCAUAAUAAUUUUUAUCAAUAAUUUUAUAAUGAAUCAUGAUUCUUUUGUGGCAUGGAUAAAACAGAAAUAUGAAAAGAAACUAGAAUUUUCUCAAAAUGUGAAAUUAUUUUUUACGUUUGACAGAAGCUCAUAUAAUUGCCUUUCAAAAUAAAAGACGCCCUUUUGCCAGACCGGAUCAUACUGGUGCAGCUCUUGCCAGCAUAUGAUAAUAUGUGCUUUAAACUAAAAAAGGGUCAGAUUUUUUACCAAAGUUUUGCUUGGUGGUUGAAAUCGUUGUAUUCUGGAGGACGCAUAGAGCACACAAGACCUCUUCAAGUCAGCAUAAAACCUUUACAUAUUUUAUAUUUUAGGUGCACCUCAGCCAUAAAUGCAUAAACUUAACUAAUCUGAAUUGAAUAAAUGCGAAUUUAGUAACUCUUACCUGAAAAAAAAACUAUUAUUUUAUUUUUCUUUUGCCAGAGAGCCACUAUGGAGAGGUAAAAGAGCCACUAGUGGCUCCGGAGCCGCAGGUUGCAGACCCCUGGUCUAGUAAAAGUCUUAAAUUGAUUACACCAAUUAACAGAACUAACAUUUUUUAUUUGAUUUUCAGACCUUAAGGGCUGACUUUGAUUAUAAAAACCAUCUUAAGUGACAUAAAUGGUACUUAGCUACAUCCUUGCUGCUAACGGCGAUUCUCAGAUUUUCUGGUCUGGUUAACGCAGCAAGUUGUAUUCCAGAUUAAGCAUUUUUAAAAAAGCUUUAACUCCAGUUAAGGAUGAUAGACAUUAACCUGUCUUUUUUCCUACAGAAAAGAAAGUUGUCAGCAGGUUGGAAUUUUAAUCUUGGACACUUUAAUGGUCACAGCUUUAGUUAGAACUCGUCAGGUUAGGAGUUACUCAUUAAAUCAUUUAUUUCCUUUAUGAGAAUUUUCCAAAUUAAAUUUAAUCUAAGCAGUUUAUAUGUGACAAAAAUGUCAUCAGAAAAAGCAUUUAAUCGACUUUUUUAAAGCUUGAAUAUGGUUUCAUUUGAAAUAGGCAGCAACUGCUGUCAACAAUACUAUUUUCACAAUAGGAAUAAUUUUCUGCUAUUGAAAGCCAGAACCUCACAUACAGACCUACAGGGAUCUACAGGAAGUGUUGUCAAAUUAGCAGAAAUGUUCUCUCUGUCUGGCUCUUGGUUUAAUGGUUUUUCUGGGGCUUUCAAAGGGCCCCCACAUAAAAGAAGGACUGAAUCUGAAAGUGCGUCUUUUGAUUUUAGUUUCACCGAGCGGCAGACAGGAAGUCUCUCAGACCAACUGUCUCACAAGCUGUGAUGCGACAGCACCAAAGGGUAAAGAUCAAGCUGAGCUUUCUCACCAUCUCCUCCCCCCUGCAGAAUUAGCAAGAUUAUUAUUUUUGUAGAGAAAUAUAUAAUAACAAAAAUAAAAAAAGGGUUUUAAUACUGUACAGAUUUUGUAUAAGAACAGACGGUAAGAUGUUACAGUGGUUUGUUUGACCUCAACUGUGCUGUGUGUAAUUGUUUAAUGCAUUUACAAUCAUAUUUAUUAAAUGGAAAGAAGUCUGUUUA